CCACACGGUUCCGUUCCGAAACAUUCCGUUAUAAACAAAACCGAAGAUGGGCACCAUAGCUAACCCUAAAGAGCUCAUAUCGUAACACCUCUAAAUAAUGAUACUCCAUUUACUUCAAGGAUGUUAAUAAUAUAAGUUACAGCAAACGGCUUUCGGCUACAGGUUUAAGCUGCACUCCACCGUUCAACUAGUGACUGCGUUGGCCGGGGUGUUGCUUCCUGCUCAUGGAGAUAUUAAGCCCAUUGGCUCGACUUCGGUCGUCUUUUCUCAGUCUCGGACGCUCGCUGUCAUCUUCCUGCAAACUCCUUGGUCGCAGCAUGGCUUCUGGAUCCGUCUCGCGCUUUGAUUUUCUGGUGGUCGGCGGAGGAUCCGGUGGGCUGGCCGGUGCGAGGAGAGCGGCUGAACUCGGUGCCACCACUGCCGUGAUCGAAAGUCACAGACUCGGAGGUACCUGCGUCAAUGUUGGAUGUGUUCCUAAAAAGGUUAUGUGGAACACAUCCACUCAUGCAGAGUAUCUCCAUGAUCAUGAAGACUAUGGAUUUGAGGGAGCAAAAGCACAUUUCAGCUGGCAAAUCAUAAAACACAAAAGGGAUGCUUACGUGAGUCGCCUGAAUCAGAUUUACAGGAGCAACCUUGAAAAGGGCAAAAUUGAGUUUAUUCAUGGCUAUGCAAGGUUCACAGAUGACCCUGAACCCACAGUUGAAGUCAAUGGGAAGAAAUACACAGCAACCCAUAUCUUAAUCUCCACUGGCGGCCAUCCAUCCACAGUCAGUGAGGAUGAUGUGCCAGGAUCCAGUUUAGGCAUCACCAGUGAUGGGUUCUUUGAACUUGAGUCUUGCCCUAAACGUAGUGUUAUAGUUGGAGCAGGCUAUAUUGCUGUGGAAAUGGCUGGUAUUCUUUCCACUCUUGGGUCUAAAACGUCCAUCAUCAUACGACAAGGAGGGGUGCUGAGGAACUUCGAUGCCUUGAUAAGCUCCAAUUGCACCAAAGAAUUGCAAAAUAAUGGUAUUGACUUACGGAAAAAUACUCAGGUGAAGUCAGUGAAGAAGAAUGGCAAAGGCCUCUCUAUAACACUGGUUACAAAAGACCCUGAUGACAAGGAUUCACAGGAGAAGUUUGACACUAUUAAUGAUGUAGACUGUCUGCUGUGGGCCAUUGGCAGAGAACCCAACACCGCCGGCCUCAACCUCAGUCAAAUAGGUGUGAAACUUGAUGAACGGGGUCAUAUCGUGGUGGAUGAGUUCCAGAACACCUCUCGUCCAGGCGUCUAUGCAGUCGGGGAUGUUUGCGGACGAGCCCUUCUGACACCUGUUGCUAUUGCUGCUGGCAGAAAGCUUGCUCACCGACUGUUUGAGGGCAAAGCAGACUCCAAAGUCGAUUAUAAUAACAUCCCUACAGUAGUGUUCAGCCACCCGCCUAUUGGCACCGUGGGACUAACUGAAGAUGAAGCAGUUAAGACGUAUGGAAAAGACAAGGUGAAGGUUUACACCACUUCUUUCACCCCCAUGUAUUACGCCAUUACCACUCGAAAGAGUCAGUGCAUCAUGAAGUUGGUGUGCGCUGGUGAAAAUGAAAAGGUGGUCGGUCUCCACAUGCAGGGUUUUGGCUGUGAUGAGAUGCUUCAGGGUUUUGCCGUAGCCGUUAACAUGGGGGCGACUAAAGCAGACUUUGACAGAACCAUUGCCAUCCACCCAACGUCCUCAGAGGAGCUAGUAACACUGCGCUAAUCAGUGCCUUUUCAUUACAUCUCCACUGCAAUCCAAAGAGUGUAAAUGUAAACAAAUGUAAUUCCCUGGACUAUUGUUCCAUCUACAGAACUAACAGUGUAACACCACAAGCAUAUGUUUGAUAUUGGUUGUGUAGAAGUUGCACACAGUACAACCAUUUAUCAGGCUGCGUCUCUUGUACAGUACCUCAGAUUUUUCACAGGUAUUAUUGUCUGCUUGGAACGGAGUCAGGUAAAGGCUUGAUUAUGUUAUAGGGUAAAAUUAAAUCUGUUUAAAGUCAAACACUGUUGCUUUUCUCUUAUAUUUCCAGAAUAUUAUAUUCAGAGUUGAUUUCAAUAGUAGCGGGUAGUGAGCAGAGCUUAAUAUGUGUAACAAAUUGUGAAUCAGAAUACAUUUAUUAAAUAGAUUUGUGUC